UCGAAUAAUGAAAGAAGUUUGGAGGAGAUACCAGCUUCAUUCCUGUAUCUUCUGCUUUGAUGAGAGAGGAAGUGCAGGAGAGUUCGCGGUGUUCCACAUCAUGAGUCGGAUUCUGGAAGCAGCAAAUGGCAUGUGCAUGCCUUUACCUCCUGGUUUUCACACUCUGCACCUGGGUCUUGGUGUCCGAUGUCUCCCUCUGCACACCCUCCUGCACUAUAUUGACAAUGGCAUCUUGCAAUUGACAGAAACCUGUGUCAGGAAAUUGCUGAAAGAUCUUGAUGACACUGAACAGAAUGAAAAGCUGAAGUUUAGUAUUCUGAUGAGGCUUCCAGAGGCUCUUGGUCAAAAGGUUCGCCAGUACUGGAAUCACCCGAUAAAUGCAAAUUUAAUAGCACGAAAAUAUGUGAAACUUUUGCUUGAGAAGCUGGGAAACAGGCAGUGCAGCAGACCUAUCCCUGAGAGACUCUCCAUCCCCGUGGAGUUUUUGCCACUGAACUACCUGACUAAUAUGCUGGCAGAGAUAGAGAAUCAAGGUGUGCAUCCAUAUGAAAAACAAGACCAUGUAAAUGCAAGAUUUGUAGAGGAAACAGCACUCAAGCAAACUAUGACACUUCUGGGUCUCAAAUACUCCUGAAAUACCAUACUGUUGAAGAAGGCUGUUAAACUGUGAUGCCUCUGUAAAAGUAUUUAUUUAAAUGCAAUGUUGUUUCCCAAAUAACUGCAGUUUUGAGUAGUCACCAGUACUCUCAUGAGCUACUAAAACAGUAUUUGAUCUAACAAACUGAGGUUGAAAUUACUGACUUGUAGAUAAAUCUUAGAGAAAUGCAUUUGACAUAACCCCAGGUUUGAAAUAUAUCUGUGAGUUCAUUUUGAAGUGGUCAAGGAAGUGGAACAACAGUGUCAAAACAUGCUGUGAAAAUUGGUAUAAAUGUCACUUCUUUUAACAAGACAAUGCCGGAAAAGGCAGUCCAAUUGCAGGAUUACAAGACCUAUUAACUGUUUACUUGGAUUAAUAAAAGGAGUUCUUGGUGUGAUUGUGUAAAGCACGUAAGAACAAUAGAUGACUUUUUAUGUCAGGCAUGAGUAAACACAUAGUCAUUCCUUGUGGUGGUAUCAGUUAUCUUAUGGUACUUCUUCUUCUACAGCUGCAUUCCAGUAUUUUCAGUUUUGUAAUUAGCACAAAAUAUAAUCUCCUUAAAGUGCAUGUGACAGAUUUUGUUGAAGGUUUGUUUGUUUGUUUGAUGGGGUUUUUUUGUUGUUUUUUGAAGAUAUGUAUACUAUAUUGUAAGUAAUGUAGGAUAAGAAAAAAGCUUUAGAAAUUGAUCUUAACAGUGGCUUGGAUAGAGUUUUACAUAAUCCUUUCUUACAACUUCUACUGUUACAGUUCAAAUUUCAGCUUCAGAAAGAAAUUAGGCAGGCUGUUUUUCCUUGUUUUCAGCUUCUGUUUGUAUGUAACUGAGCCAGUAUUGUUUGCUCUUUUGUUUUAAGUUCUGAACUGUGACAUUAAUUUCAAAUGGUAAUAGCAAUUUGCUACACAGAGAAAAUUGCCAGGUUGUGCCAUGCAGGGAUUCUGCAAUCUUUAUUGGAUUUUAAAAACUCUACAAAAUUCCAGACUAUUAAACUAGAGAAACUCAUUAUUAUUUUAUAUAUCUGGGAGGUUUUCAAAAUAACCUCUGAUGUUCCCUCUGAGUGUUUUCCAUUGAUGCUCCCUGUUCCUUACUAGUGAAAUAAAAAUAUCCAGUUCCUGGGAGUGACUUGGCAAGUUUAUGGUCACUCCUUUGUCAUUGCCAUCAGUGAAGCUUUAGCUUUUUUAGUGACUGCUUAGUGAGAAGGAAUAUUUUUCUUAAUAUAAUCAGAAUUUCUCUGGCAAGUGUAAACUCCAGUCCCAGACUGCAGAAAGCCAUGUUGGUGUAUGGCUAUAAGUGAUGGCCACUUUAUAUUAUAUGAAUAACAGAAGAUUUUCUAGCCUUUUCUUUUUAAUGAAUGUAUUUUAACAUACCCUCAGAUGCAAUAAAACUUCACCUGGAAAAAUAA